GAAGGUCAGCCAUUUUUCCCCACUGCCAGUGCCAGACUCAGAGGUGAUGCUGGUUCGCGCAUCUACGCGUUCAUAUCCCGUCCGGGCUACUAUUCUCCCUCUUCCAUCUCAAAAGUGUAAAUCUGAACGCCACUACGCCAAACCUGCCACCCCAGCCUCUCGUCAGACCAAUGCAUUCAAGAACAGAGGAGGCAAGGUCUCGAAGAACCCGAAAGCCUUCAGUCGGAAAAGCCGGGUCGGAACGUUUCGUUCCAUGAACCCAGCUUCGCUGUCUCUCGAUAUCUUUCAGUUUGGAAAGUUACCACCGCUCGAUCUUCCUACUUUCUCUCCGAACCUAAUUACCGAACCAAACAUCGGAAAGGCGGUCCAAUACGCUCCAUUAAACAAUGACCCUAUCAAAUGGUUCGGGACUCCCAAGAAUCUUCUACUUGAGCAUCGUCUACUCUCUCAACGAGCUUCUAUCAUCCGGGACGUCACUGUCAGUGCUGCCCGCAUAUUGGAUGAAGCCUCAGAAACUUCAAGUGAACGCACUCGUAUUGUUUUAACAGGAAGGCCCGGAUGCGGUAAAAGCUCGUUGUUAUUACAAGCGGUUAGAUAUACGUUGGCCAAGGAUUGGGUCGUGAUUUACAUUCCUAGAGCCAGGCAGACAAUAAAUUCCACAAGUACAUAUACCUACGACAUCAGAACGCAAACUUACCUCCAACCCCACUUUGCUCACGAGACUCUUCGUCGCACCCUAGCGGUCAACGAAAAGAUCCUUUCGGAAAUGAGAAUGACCGGAUCUUUGGCUUUGGAAAAGCGGGAGAUCCCCUCGGGCACGACUUUAGCCGGAUUGGCUGAAGUUGGAGUGAAGGAAGGCCUUGGGACGACCGCACAGGGUGUACUAGCUCCCGUCAUACUUGAGAGACUUUUGUUAGAACUCGGAAAGCAAAAGAGAAAUCCCGUCCUUCUUGCAGUAGACGAUUUCCAGUGUAUCUAUACUCCGAUGUCUGAGUAUCGGGACCCGCACUUUAGCCGUAUACGACCCUACCAUCUCUCGGUUCCCCGUCUCCUCCUCGAGUAUGCUUCAGGUAAAAGGACGUUUUAUCGAGGUGCAGUCGUUGGUGCCAUUACCGCCAGCGACCCCGAAUACAGAACAUCAGUAGAAUUGAGGGAUGCAUUGAAACUUGGGCCGGAUUUGUGGGACUUGUGUGGGAGUUCAAAAUCCAGGGGAGAGGGUGUCAAGUCGGGUAUCUCUGGGCCUUUGGAGAAGAGGAACAAGGUUUUUGUGGAAUACGCGAAGGGAUUGAGAUCGCUUCAAUUGCCGAAGGGUUUUACGUUGCCCGAAGCAGCAGCAGCGUUUGAAGUAUGGAUGAAGGAUGGUAGUGUGUUGGGAAAUCCCACCGACGAACUUCUCCUUUCCAAAUAUACGGAAUCUGCGGGUAAUCCACGAGAUUUUAUCUGGAAAGGGCUCUUAUCGAGUUUAGAGGGCGUCCCGCCAUCAGUGGCGGAAAUAAAAGGGAAGGUUGGGACUCCUUGGCCCCAGCUGCGUGAGAUGACACUUAGUUAGGACUGGACUUCUAUCUAUGGCGUGUACUGAUACUCUUUAAUCUUCAUGAUCAGUCUAAAUGACCUUGGUGCUUAUGGAUACGCAUGGCUUGCCUUGAAUCUCUUCCUUCGCAAUCGCCGAC